AUGAAGUUCACAGUGUCAAAUCUAUCAAGCUCUAUGUUCUUCCUCGUGUUCUUCUUAGCUUUUGUGUCUCAUCAUGUCCACGGAAACAAGAUCGACCAUGGAAGCAAAAAACAUGUUCCCCUCUUCAUUUUUGGCGAUUCUUUCUUAGAUGCUGGCAACAACAAUUACAUCAACACUACAGCUCUUGACCAAGCAAAUUUCUGGCCCUAUGGGGAAACAUACUUCAAAUUCCCAACAGGGAGGUUCUCUGAUGGGCGGUUGAUAUCAGAUUUCAUAGCUGAAUAUGCAAACCUGCCAUUAGUUCCACCAUAUUUACAACCAGGGAAUAGCCAAUACUAUGGAGGAGUGAAUUUUGCGUCUGGUGGAGCUGGUGCUCUUGUUGAAACUUUUGAAGGGUCGGUAAUACCCCUCAAGGUCCAAGCAAGAAACUACAAGAAAGUAGCAGGUUUUCUGAGGCACAAGUUAGGGAAAUCCGAAGCCAAGUUAUUGUUGUUAAACGGUGUCUACAUGUUUAGCAUCGGAGCCAAUGAUUACCUUAGCCCGUUCUUGACACAUUCUGAUGUUCUUAAGGCAUACUCUCAUUCACAAUAUGUUGCUAUGGUUGUUCGAAACAUGACUUCCAUUAUCAAGGAAAUAUACAAGACAGGGGCUAGAAAUUUUGUGUUGAUGAACUUGGCACCCUUGGGUUGUCUUCCAGGCACUAGAACAAUCCAUGAACAAGAAAACGGCAAAUGCUUAAAGGAAGUUUCAGCCCUUUCAAGUUUACACAAUGAGGUUCUACCUGAGGUUCUCUUAAGGUUGGAGAAGAAAUUGAAGGGCUUCAAAUUUGCACUCUAUGAUUUCAGCACUGAUCUCACUCAAAUGAUGAACCAUCCCUUGGAACAUGGUUUGAAGGAGGGGAAAUCAGCAUGCUGUGGAAGUGGAGCACUGCGAGGAGAGUAUAGCUGUGGAGGGAAAAGAGGGGUGAAGGAAUUUGAAUUGUGUAAGAAACCCAAUGAGUAUUUGUUUUGGGACUCUUAUCAUCUCACAGAAAGUGCUUACAGAAAAAUUGCAGAUCGAAUGUGGGGUUUUACCAACACCUCUUACAAUAUAGGGCCUUUCACUGUCAGAGACCUCUUCCACCUUCCAUGA